CACCGACCGGUAGCCACUUUUUAAACGAUCGCAAGAUGUGUAGCAUUGUGUUCGACGCGGACGUGGUUGCUCCACCCAGCCACCUGGACGUGGCCUUCUUCGAGGAGGUGCUGGAGACAGCCCUGCGGACAGCCAGGGUGCAGCUGCUCUCCAUUCACAUCCGGAUGGGCAGCAGCACGGGCGAGAACUACUGCAGUCAGAUCUACCGAGUGAAGGUAUCGUUCCAGCGUCCCGAUCAUCCGGAGCAGCACAUGGCGUUCAUUGUGAAGAGCAUUCCCCACCUGGACUCGGUGGAGUUCAUUGAUGACCUGCAGGUGUACCUCAAGGAGAAGAUCACCUACUACGAAGUGCUUCCCCGGCUGGAGCUCUUGAUGCAGUGCAAACGAAGCUUCGGGCCCAAACUUUACCACUGCCUAAAACACCCGGAGAACUCGCUUGUGUUCGAAGAUCUGGCCGAGAAGGGCUUCGUGAUGGCUUCACGCGAGCUGGGCCUGAACGAGGAGCACUGUCAGCUGGUCAUGGAGCGCUUGGCGGAGUUUCAUGCCACUUCGAUGGCCUUGGCGGUGCUGGAUCCCCACUUGUUCGAUGCAUAUGGCGACGGAAUGCUUUCGCCGAGGGGCUUAGCCAAGGACGAUGGACUGCUAAUGCAGUUCUUCUCGGGCAAUGGCAAGGAGUUGCACCACCUGGUGAGCACGUGGCCUGGCUUCGAGGGGAUCGCCGAGAAGAUCGGCAAGUACAUGCGAAACCAGCGGGCCAACUUAGAACGGAGCCAGGCGCCGCAGGAGAAGGAGGUCAGGGUGCUCAACCACGGUGACCUGUGGGUCAACAAUAUGUUGUUCAAGUAUGAUGCCGCACAGCGCCCGCAGGACCUCAUCCUCAUCGACUUCCAGUUGAGCGUGUGGGGCAGUCCGGGCAUCGACCUCAACUAUUUCUUCUACACCAGUCUGACGUUGGACGUGCUGCGACAUCGGCGAACCCAGCUGCUGCGCACCUACCACGCCCGACUGGCCAAAACGCUGCUCGACCUGGACAUGGGCGUCCCGGUGCCCAGCUACGAGCAAAUCCUAGAGGAGGUCCAUCGUCGCGAGUCGUACGGAUUCUUUGCCAGCUACGGCAUUUUCCCCACAGUCAGCCAGGACAAGGCCCAGACGGCCGACAACAACCUGGAGAGCUUCAAGGACGCCGAUUUCGCCAAGCAGAAGGUGCGUCAGAUGUUCCAGUCUCGCCGACUGGCGGAUACACUGCGCUACACGCUACCGCACUUCGAACGCGCUGGAGUCUUAGAUUGAAGUACUAUUACGCUACUGACAUAUAUGUACCAUUUUAAUAUAACUACCAAUAUUAGGAUUUUACAAAAAUAUAUUUGCUGAUUUUACAUUAAUUUGUAAAUAUAUAAUAUUCAGGUUUACUGUUUUAAAAACCUUGCCAAAUA